AUGGCCAUUUCGUCGUUUCCGGCGCCGGCCGACGCCGGCGUCCUAUGCCUGAUUCUGGCAAAUGCGGCGGCGUCCGUCGCCGUCGUCAAGGGGAUCAUCGGAGCGAUCCUCGGCGCCUUCGGUGUCUGCGUAGAGUCCCCUGAAGUGUUCCCGGUGGAUCGAGCAUCUUGCGAUAAUUACGAAGCCUGUGCAGGAUCAUACGUAGCCGAAUUCAGAAAACGAGCGCCAGCAAUCGAGUUCGAACUGCGUACCUUCAACGAUCGGGAAUGCUCGAUCUGCCUGAUGGAAUUCGAGGCGAGGGAGGAGAUCAAUUGUCUCCCCUGCCGGCAUGUCUUCCACAGUGCAUGCAUCGACAAGUGGCUCCUGUAUUGGCACGCAACGUGCCCUCUCUGCCGCGAUCGGGUAAUGCCCGAUCGAUUCAUGUGA